AUGGAUUGCGAAGUGGCUGUCACACGCGCGACUCAAUGCCGUUCAACGCCGCGGCGCGCCCCGUCAAUUCUCCUCUCAACCAUUUUUGUUGCUGCUGCUGCUGCUGUUGCCAUCUUCAUCGCCGCCCAGCGUCUGGAGCCGGAGCUCCACGAAGGCCGGAGCCUCCGAGCGCUCCGAGCGCUCCGAGGGGGCGGACAAGCCGAGCGCAUCGCUCCGCCCGCCGCUCCGCGUCGUUCGACAAACGAGGAGGAGGAGGAGGAGGAACCACCCGGCGGAUUCGCCUCGCGGGGUCACGGGGUCACGCGCAGCUUCCGUACGCCCAGCCGCAAGGGCACCGAUCUUGAGGAGCUGGGAGAGCCCGAGGCUUUGGUGGCGAUCAGCGACCGAUCCGAGUUCCUGAACAAAACGGUGCAGCGGAGCUACAGCCUCAAGUCGCCACGGCCGAUAGCGAAGAUCGACACCAAGCUGUACACGAGCGCCGUCGAGCAGAGUGCAGUGCGAGGCUCCGGCAGGGUGGUGCGCCCGCUGGCGGUGGAGGUUCCCCUGCCGGCGGACAGCGUGGCGCUCAGGAAGAGCCUCUUCGAGCGCGGCGACGUGGCCUCUCCAACCUCGCCACGUGGCAACCCCACCCGGGACGUGUCGGGUUUGAACGUCGGCAUCGCGAGCCGAAUCAGCCAGUGGAGCAACAAGAACGAGGAGGGAACCGCUAAGGGGAGCGCCGCCCGUCCCUCCGACAUCCGACCGGGUGAUGUCUCCACGAAGAAGAGCAUCUGGGAAAGUAAGCCGAGCGCUGGCAGCCCACCGGAGAAAUCAGCUGCAGCUCCCAGCAAGGGCAACCCCAGCGGCAAGCGCUUCAAGUUCGUGAUGGUGGCUCCCGGCAAGUACGAGAAGGUCCCCAUCGACUCUGCCGCCGGCGACAACCAUUUCGCGAACGGAGGAGGCUCGGAGCACGAGGAGAGCGAGCAGUAGCCGGGCCACGGCGAAUGUGCCCCACACACUACUCGCAGAGCGCAGAGGUCGACGGAGAGGGGGCUGACGGACGGAUACAGGGACAUACACGCGGAUGGACAGACGAACUCUUGGACAGACACACAGACGGGCGCACCGACGCACGGACACGCGGACACACACGUGGACUGGCACACAGACGAACACAUGGACAAAUACACGGGACAGGUGAAAGGACGGAGCGUUUGGCCGUGCGUGAAUUUCCCAGCGGCUGCCUUCCACUCCAGUCGUCGAGGCCCCCCCCCCCCUCUCCCCGAGUCGUCGGAGUCCGUGCGUCGGCUGGUUUACGCCGCAUCUGUGGGCUGAUGGUUGGGAGGUGGCACGUGGGUGGACCAAUGGUGGACCAUGGUGGACCACGAUGGACCAUGAUGGACCACGCUUGACCACGCUUGACCACGGUGGCUGGCGUUGAAACCCCCACCCAGCUCAUUGUCUGCUCCCAGUCCGGUCGUCAAGGACUUGUAGCUGUUAAUGUCGCGCUAACAACAUCAACAACAACGACGAUAAUGUUGACGGUGAGCCACUCCGUCACGUAUCCGACUCGCUGGGGAGGCUCGGGGCGGAUGUGUGAACACCGGUAUAAAACAACGGCACGCAACGGCCAGCACGUACCGGUGGGGGUUGCUGGGCAAAAAAUGAAUGCGGUGUAAAAAAAAAACUGCUCCGAACUUUGCCGUUUAUUAUCUCGCGAACGUACGUCCAUGUGUUGAACUUCUUUCGCACCGCGCGUAGCCAAACCGCGCUCUUAUCGCAGGUGCGGCGGGGGGUGGGGGGGGAUGGCGACAAGCUGGAGACAAAAAAUCAGUUCUCAAGGAAUGAGUUGUAACGGGUAGGCUUUCGGGACCAAAAUUGAUGAUCGUGUACAUCUGGCUGCCGCCUGAUGAUGCCGGUUGUACUUCCUGGCGAAACGUGGAAAAUGUUGUGGAUUUGCUCCCCAACACACAACUGGUUUAGUGCUGUACUAGUGACGAAUCGGCAAGUUCUGUUUACGUGACAACCGUUACUAGUUGUGCUGUGUCGGGGGGGGGGGGUGGUGGCGGGUUUAACGACACAACAUUGAUAUUUGCGCGAUCUAACCCGCCAAGAACGACGACCUGUAUCGCUAAAGAAACGAGUGUGUCAAUCGAGACGGCGAUUUAAACGUUGCGUAAGCUCACAGUGGCUUCCGAGUAUCGGAAGGGGAGAGACGGGCCGCAGAGGCGCAUCCGAAAGCGCCGCUCGAUGACGCUUCGACCGGCGGCUCGGCCAAAACCCCCCUGCUGCUGCUGCUGCUGCCCGCUGUCGCUGCGGUGAUGGUGACCCCGGAGUGUCACGUGGUGGCGUUUUUGUUUGGUUUGUUUUCGCUCUCCUUGACGAGAUCGGCGGUGGCGAGGUAUCACGGUUCAUUUUGCGUCCAGGCGCUUUGUGCGCGCGUGUGUGCGUGUGUGUGUACGUGUGCGUGCGUGUGUGUGUCUGUGCGUGUGUGUGCGCGUGUAUGCGUGUGUGUCUGUGUGCGUGCGUGUGUGUGUGUGCGCGUGUGCGCGUGUGUGCGUGAGCGGCGAGACGGUCGGUACGGAUUUGCGGAGAGCGUCCGUUGGAGGAUCGCCGCCUCCUACAGCAUCGUCAUCUUUCUCCUGCUGCUGCAUGGAAUCCGAUGAGCCAUGAAGCUCUUCUGUUUUCCACGGACGCCCCCCCCCCCACCCACCCCCCCCUCGUCACGCGCUGUGGGUGGUUGAUCAGCCAGCGGGGGGGCGGGGGGGAUAUUGUGACGUUGCAUUCCUACGUAGCUCCUUCGUGUGCUCUCUCUUAAUUGGUGGGGGGGGGGGGGGUCGCGAAUGUGUCCGCCCGCGCGAUGUAUUUGUCCGGUUGGCUUUGGUGGUGGGGGGGGGGGUGAUGGGGGGGGAGGCGCGGGGUUGCUGGGUCUCUCUCGCGCACAGGGCGAUCGACGUCGCGCAUUCACGCAAACUUAAAUUUCGAUUUAAAGCUUUCGUGACUGCAGGGAUUCAUCUUCUUGGUUCUUUCGGUAAAGUCACGUAGAAGGGAAGUAAUAAAA